AUGGCUGCGUCACUGCCAGUAAUAGACUUCAGCAGGUGGCUGAAGGGCUCACCAGAGGAAAAGAAAGCAGUCGCAAAGGACCUCGCCGAAGCCUGCCGGAGCGUCGGUUUUGUCUAUAUCGUCAACCACGGCGUCACCCCAGAGCUCCUCGACGAAGCCUUUAGCUGGUCGAAGAAACUGUUUGAUCUGCCGGAGGAGAAGAAGAUGCUGGCACCUCACCCCCCAGGUCCCAACGUCCACCGAGGCUACUCCUGGCCAGGCCUCGAGAAGGUCUCGCAACACGAGGACGCCGAGCUCCGCAAGGUGCAGGACUGCAAGGAGUCCUAUGAGAUCGGAAGCGAGACGUUCGCCCAGCAGCCCAACCAGUGGCUACCUGAGGAGGUUCUCCCGGGUUUCCGGGAGUUCACGACGGGUUUCUACUGGUCCUGCCAUGACACCGCAAAGGAGCUCCUGCGAGCCAUGGCUAUGGGCAUAGGGCUGGACGACCCGGAUUACUUGUUGAAAUUCCACAGCGGCGAGAACAACCAGCUGCGGCUCUUGCACUACCCACCUGUUGAGACCGAGAAGCUCUCGAGUAACGCGAUGGCGAGGAUGCCGGCGCAUUCAGACUGGGGCUCGAUCACGAUGCUAUUCCAGGACGACUGCGGGGGGUUGCAGGUCGAGCACCCAAAGAAGCCAGGCGAGUUCGUGGAUGCCACGCCUAUGAAAGGAGCGCUGGUCAUGAACGUCGGAGACCUCCUCAUGCGGUGGAGCAACGACUACCUGAAGUCGACACUCCAUCGUGUAACGCUCCCACCUGUGAUGAAGGAGCAACCCGAGGGUGGCAAAGGCCUGACGAGGGCUCGUUAUUCAAUCCCGUACUUUGUCAGCCCAGACCCAGAAUCCGUCAUCGAGUGCCUCCCUGCCUGCGCCAGUGGCCAAAACCCGGCGAAGUACCCACCGGUAUUGCAGGACGACUACAGGAAGCUGCGGGCGAAGCUGCAGUACUCGGAUAAAGCUGACACAUCAGCAAAGCCGGUCACUGUGUCUUGGUUCCCAUACCUUGCAAAAAGAGGAGCUGGUCAAUGA